AUGGAUGCCUUAGCGAAGAUGUUCUCGCUCGCCGGAAAGACAGCAGUGGUUACAGGAGGUACAAGAGGGAUUGGAGCAGCUAUGGCACUGGCGCUGGCCGAGGCGGGUGCAGAUAUCAUCCUUAUCCAAAGGGAUGAAAGUAAUACAAAUACCUAUCACGCAAUCCAGGAGCUUGGAAGGAAAGCCACGAUAGUCACAGCAGACCUGUCAGAUCAAUCGUCGGUGUCCAAGAUCAUACCAGACCUGGUCAAUGCAGGACACGACAUGCAUAUCCUGCUUACAUGCGCCGGUAUCCAGAAGAGACAUCCGGCUCACCAAUUUCCUUUGGAGGACUGGGAUGCUGUAUUGCAGGUCAAUUUGACCACAGUCUUCACGCUAUGUCGCGAUUUCGGAGCAUAUCUCCUGUCCAAGCCAGAACCCCGAUCGGGUUCCAGAGGGAGUAUCAUCAAUGUGGCUUCUCUUCUCACCUUCCAAGGUGGCAUAACAGUUCCAGCCUAUGCGGCGUCGAAGGGUGGCGUGGGGCAACUUACGAAGGCCCUUAGCAACGAGUGGGCAGCGAAGGGCAUUAAUGUCAAUGCUGUGGCCCCUGGAUACAUUUCUACGGAUAUGAACGAAGCCUUGAUCGCCAACGAGACGAGGGCGAAACAAAUCCUGGAGAGGAUACCGGCUGGCAGAUGGGGGAAGCCAGAAGACUUCAAAGGGGCAGUCGUCUUUCUGGCCAGUAAUGCGAGCGCGUACAUAAAUGGGGAGGUGCUGACCAUAGACGGAGGUUGGAUGGGUCGAUGA